AAUCCUCGGCCUCGACUCCUCAGCGACCAUGCUCGCCCGCCGCUUCCUCCUCCAGUCCACGCGCGGCUUCGCCACCAAGUCCGCGGCCGGCCAGUGGCUGGCCGGCGUGCCCAUGGGCCCGGCCGACCCGAUCCUCGGCCUGACCGAGCGCUUCAACAAGGACGCGGACCCGCGCAAGGUCUCGCUUGGCGUCGGCGCCUACCGUGACGACAACGGCAAGCCGUACGUGCUGCCGUCCGUGCAGGAGGCCGAGCAGCGCAUCAUGGCCGCCGGCAAGAACAAGGAGUACGCCGGCAUCGCCGGCAUGAAGGACUUCGUGGACCUGUCGCUGCAGUUCGCGUACGGCGAGGACUCCGAGGCCCUCAAGUCGGGCCGCAUCACGGGCGUGCAGACCAUCUCCGGCACGGGCGGCGUGCGCCUCGCCGGCGAGUUCUUCGCCAAGUUCCUGGGCGAGGGCACCCCCAUCUACCUGCCCAACCCGACGUGGGGCAACCACAUCCCCAUCAUGAAGAACGCCGGCAUGGAGGUGCGUCGCUACACGUACUACGAGCCGGCCUCGCGCGGCCUGGACUUCUCGGGCCUGCUCAACGACCUGGAGGGCGCCCCCGACGGAUCCGUCUUCCUGCUGCACGCCUGCGCGCACAACCCCACGGGCGUGGACCCCACCAUCGAGCAGUGGCAGAAGAUCGCCGACGUCAUGAAGGCCAAGAAGCACGUGCCGUUCUUCGACUGCGCUUACCAGGGCUUCGCCUCGGGCGACGCCACGCGCGACGCUGCUGCCAUCCGCCUCUUCGUGAAGGAGGGCCACAACAUCUUCCUGUCGCAGUCGUACGCCAAGAACUUCGGUCUGUACGGCGAGCGUGUGGGCGCCCUGAGCGUCGUCACCUCCAGCAAGGAGGAGGCCGACCGUGUGCAGUCGCAGCUCAAGAUCAUCAUCCGCCCCAUGUACUCGAACCCGCCCAUUCACGGCUCGCUGAUCGUGUCCACUAUCCUGUCCGACGCCCAGCUCAAGAAGCAGUGGUACAGCGAGUGCAAGGGCAUGGCUGACCGCAUUAUCUCGAUGCGUACGGCUCUGCGCUCGGCCAUCGAGAAGAUCGAGGCCGCCAACGGCGCCAAGUCGGACUGGUGCCACAUCACGGACCAGAUCGGCAUGUUCUGCUACACUGGCCUGACGGAGGCCCAGGUGACGCGCAUGAUCGAGCAGCACCAUAUCUAUUUGACCAAGGACGGCCGCAUCAGCAUGGCUGGUGUCACGUCCAAGAACGUUGAGUACAUCGCCCAGUCGAUUGCCGAGGUCGUGCAGAACGCUUAAGCUUGCGUGUGUGCGUGCAGUAUGCGUGGGUGGGUGAUGAGGGCGAGUCCCCCACCCUUCGAAGCGAACGGUUGCUGCUGAAACGUAGUUGCAGUGGCAAGAAGGUGUAAAGAUCACAGAACACAAAGCCCAGCUAAUACACAGGCUGAGCAGCUUUUAGAACCUUUC